UCUUCAUUUCAGAGGGUUUGUUUACAAAAGUCUGAAAGUAUGAAAAAAGCCUUAUCCUAGCUUUCCCGUUAGUGCAAUCGCGACCGGCAUCGAGAGAGGACGCGUAUCCAGAAUUUUCGUUGUUUACGUAAAAUCGUAUCAGACGCGCGAAAAUAAAUUAUUUACAAUUAUAUAAACAAAUUCAGAUCUCACUUACGGGCUGUUCAAUUUCUGUCUACGUGUUGAUGUGUUUUGAUUUCUGAAAUUUAAACUUUUGUGGCGUCGUUGAACUAUUUGAAGAUAAGCUAUUCCUAAUCCUUAGUGUAGCUGUUUCAUGUUUCCACAGCAACUAAUUGCGAUGCAAGCGUGCUGGAUCAUCAGAAGUUUCUAUCAAAAAUCCGCUCGUGUUGCUUUUGUUGGUCGUAGUCAGUGAUGCAGCGGGAUGUACGGUAACGUCACAGAGGAGGGCGUUGGAGCGUCGCGUGCGCAGGCGCAUAUAGCAGUACUCCUUACACUCUACGUCCUUGUCUCUAUCAUUGGUAUUAUUGGUAAUGUUAGUCUUAUGGCCGCCCUUGCAUCCAACGGUGCUUCCCGGCUGCGAACACCUCAGCUCCUCAGCGCGUGUGCUGCUGAUCUUCUUGUGUGCGCUGCCAGUGCGCCACUUGCUGCCACCAGAGCAGCGAGAAUACACCAUUUACCUUGCCAUGUCACACAUUACAUUGAGUCAUUACCAGUAGCCGCAAGUACACUGUCGCUAGUAGCAAUAGCAGCAGACCGAUGCAGUGCGGUGCGGCGCAGACGCGGCUCUCUGUGUGCGAAACCGUUCUUAGCUGUUGGAGUUGUAUGGACCACGGCUCUAUUGCUUGGAGCUGUCACAGUGAUAGCCACAUGCUUAUCAUGUCCGCCACUGGCCGCUGCACACGCUAUAGUCACCUACUGCAUGCCAGUCGCUGCUGUCACUCGAUGCCACUGGAGUGUUCGAGUCAAACUCACAGCUCUAUCUCUGACGGCAAGAGCUGCUCACGGUGAACUGCCACUACCAGUUCCACUAAUACGACGACCAACUCACGUGAUCAUUGUUGCCGGUGUCGGGGCUAGAGAACGCCGUGACGCAGUUGAUGUUGGUGAUGUCAGAGCCAAGAAACUUCAGCCGAGCCUCCUUGGCCCACAGCCAGCAACGUCAACACUAAGAUCAAGGAGACGUCUUGGCAACGUUUUGAUUGGCAUCGCCGCAAUAUUCGCCGCUUGUUGGUGUCCACAUGCGGCUAUUAUCAUAUGCAGCGCAUUUGGGUUAAACGUUCCAAUAAUAUUGACACAGUACGCGCUGCUGCUUGGUCAUGCGCACUCAGCUCUGAAUGCAGCAGCGUACUGGUUGUUGAACAGACAUGCGCUGACAGCCGCUUGUGCUGCAUGGCGUAUUCCUCAGUUGAGGGUUCGUGAGGAGAGACCUUCAUCGACGAACGAGGCCGCGCUGGGCGCGUUUCAUCCUCGUCUCGCUCGCCCGGCUCCGUCGCCACGUCCUCCUCCCUCUAGCUUCUUAUAUUGAUGUCCAUCUAUCUUCUAAGCUGUCUCGAUCUGUGAUUCCUGUCUCUCAGUGCCUCGUAUAGUCUACGCAAGUGCGUCUCGUUUUCGUCGUUACAAACGUUGUUUGAGAUUUUAUUGUGAAUAAUAUCCGUCAAGCAAUAAAGUGUGUGAAACAGU